UUUUUAUUUAUUUUAAUUUUUCUUUUAAAUUUUUCAAAUGCCAUAACUUUGGAUAGAAGAUUUUUAAUUAAACGUUAUUUAAUCAACAACAAAAUUAGCGAACAAUUGCCUUUUAAUGUUUUAUUAAUUUUGCCUGAAAAAGAGUCUAAUAAUGACAAAUUUGGUUUAACAAUUCCAAAAGUUCGCCCAAUAAUAGAUAUCGCCAUAGAGAAUGUUAUUAAAUAUGGGACAAUGCCUCCAAAUUGGAUUAAUAUAACUUAUCAUGAUUCUAGAUAUUGGGAGGAUACUUUACUUGCUGAAAGAGUUAGUGCAACUGGUGUUGUACAGGCUUAUUGUAAUAAACGUCUCGAUGCAAUUUUUGGUUUUGCCGAUGCUUAUUCACUUGCAACAGUUUCAAAAAUCUCUGCGGGCUUUGGGGAAGGAGUCCCAGUCUUAACAACAACAGGAUUGACAACAAUAAUUGGAUCUAAAAAAUCAUAUCCUUAUGUAACUCGUAUGAGAGGUUCAUAUACACAAAUGGCUGAGGCUGCUUAUAAAUUUAUUGCUUUACAAGAUCAAAAUUUUGAAUUACAACAACAAAAAAGACAAAGAAAAAAACAACAAAAAAAUUUAUUUUUCCCUUUAAAUUAUCAAAAUUUAGUUUUUAUGUAUCACGAUAAAAGAAGAGCUUUAAAUAAACCUCCUCCAAGUACAAAUAGAGCAAAAAUAGGAGAAACUGGAGGAUAUUCAUCAGCACCAGAUGAAUCCCCCUCUUCUUCUUGUUAUUUUUCUUCACACCAGACCUGGGCGAAACUCAAAAUUUUUUUCUGA